AUGUUAAUGUCGAGAUGGGAAAGUGCAAAAAGUGAAGGAGUAUUUAAUUACCAUUUAAAUUGUAUGUACAAAUUUUUGCCUGGUGAUUUCAAUUUUUCCAUUCAGCUUAAUGUAGAAAGAGCGCAAAUGCGACGAAAGCCAAUGCGUUUUCAUGCUAUUCGAGAGGCAUUUAAUAGUAUGAGAUGGAAUUUCACGAAACUGAAAGAAAAAGAGAUUAUGUUCUACUUUCGUUGUAUAAAUCAGCCUUGUAGUGGUGAUCCGCUAGAUCGGCAUAUUGUAGCUGUUAAUGCUUCACCGCUUGAAAGAGGUCAUUCGCUUAUCGUCCCUUCAAUCAGCCACUGUGUGCCACAGGUUUUGAAUGAAACGGCAGUUCGAAUUGCUGCACAUUUCAUGCUGCUAGUUGACGAUGAUACGUUCCAUGUAUUGUUCAACAGUUUGCUCGGCUUUGCAUCAGUGAACCAUCUGCAUUUGCAUGCAUUAUUUUGGCCCUAUGAUUCCGAUUUGAUUAAUAGGAGAUGUGAACGAAUAUCAGAUGCUUUAUAUGUUAUACGUCGACCGGUGUGGUGUACACAUGUGAUUGUUUUUCAGCUGACUUCUGCCCAUGAUAUUAACAAAUUUAUAACUAAUGUGCUGACAUGUGUUGAAUUUCUAAGUGUUAAAGACGUUGCACAUAAUGUUUAUUUUGCUAGAGCUCAACCACUGAGGACUACUGGGGAAAUUUGGAGCGAAGAUACGAAGCGUACUCUUCCGCAACUAGUUACGGCUUAUAUUUUUCCUAGAACUUCUGUUCUAGGAGCGAAGCCUGUUAUGAAUUUCAGUCCUGCAGCUUUAGAGCUUGCUGGAUGUCUAACGGCAUAUAGUUACCGUUUUUUUGAAUCAGCCACUGAGGAAACUGCUUUACGAAUUAUGGAUGAAGAUGCAACUAUUUCCGAUUCGUUGUUCAAUCAGCUUUAUUCUGAACUUGAUGACAUUCUUUGUGGCAGGAAGCCAGUGUCAAAGCAGUGUGAUGAUAUCGAUGCCGAACUUGAGUUGACUUCACCAGAACUUGAAGAGUUGCGCGAUUCGUUUGAAACAUUCGAAAUGCAUUCGCCUCGUCGAUUUUAUUCCAAUGAAAAACCAAAUUUCGACUUUCCGCCACCACCUUCACCAUUAGCAUCGGCGCCAAUGUCACCGCCAUUAGAUAAUGGAAAAACUUUUCCUGGUUAA